AUGAAUUAUUGUGAUUUAACUGAAGCAAUAAGCGAUAUUGUCUUUGAAUAUUUUCUAGUGUCACCCAGCUCCAACCCAAAUCUAUCUCCAAUAGAAGUUCUUAGUAAGGAAGCCACUGUUGCUCUUUCUGUUGUUGGAGCAAUCCUGUUCCUCUGUAUCGUCCUUGGGUUCGCCUUCUUUUGCUUUAUACGCCAUCAGCGGAAGCAGAUUGUGGAGUAUCGUAAUCAGUUUUUUCCAGUAUACACUGGAAAACACCAGGUAAAAUACCAUGUAAAACGAGCUUAAAAUGAAGUUACUACAUAACAACCAGUGCCUGCUUGAAUAAUGCAACUUAUUUUGGCUGAAAAUGAUGUUUGUUGACUGGGUAAAUUUCACAACCCUCCCAUUCCAAGAUCAUACUCAACACUUGCAAUGACAACUUUGAACGCGGAAAAACGGAGGAGGAAGAUUUCUUUUAUUUUGUCUCAGAGGAGCAAUCAAAUUAGAAAAGGGGUUUUAUAAGCAAACGUCUCUCAACCUUUUUUCAAACAUGACAGCGAAAGUAAAAUGAAUUUGCGAUCUUUCAAACUUCAUCUCGAUUAACAUCAUCUCCAUUGAUAUGUGAAACGUAGGUGACUUUACGUGGAGUAGUUGAAUUUCUAUGGAAAGCCAAGUUAUAAUUAAAAAAGGGAAUAAAAAAUUUAUCGUCAGCGCCGUUAACGUCCUUCGUAAAACGCGCAUUGGGACUAAUUUUCCACGUCGUAGUCGUACAAUUACGUUUGAUGGCCCGUGCAAAGUUGUCGUUUUUGGUUGUUAAUCCCGCUACUGUUUUACCCUCUCGUUACCGUCGUCGACUCUCUUUUGCUUAAACUCUUUAGUGACCUUUCGCGAAAGUGCAGGGUUGCUUUACUUAUGGCCACUUCACAUUCGUGUAAACUCUCAUGGUGUUGGACACUUUUGAGAAUUAUUAUACAUUUAUCAGCAUCUGAGUUGCUUGUUCGAGGCCAGUCGACAGUCAUAAUUUGCAAAAUUGCAACCAUAGAUUGCUCCCCGUUUUAAAAUACAUGUAUACUCACGGAUAGUAAAGAUGGCUGACAUUUUGUUCCUUUCAUUGCAGGCUACGGACUGAUCUGUUCUGCAAAAAUAGUCGCGAUUUUUUUUUCGACCUACCGUGAACGAGGUGCCGAGUUUCUUUGCGGAGUGGCCAUGAAUUUAAGUCUACUUUUCAAACCUAAACUUUUUUUUAUUCUUUGACUCGAUUCAAAAAGUGAUCCAUUGCCUUAAAAUGGCCGUCUAAAUUCAGGUAAUACUCAUGAACCAAACCGUUUCCAGUUGGAGGGAAUGAACCAUUGCUUAGACUAAAUACGUCCCCAUUGUAUACGUUAAGUAAUAAAAUAUUUCUUGAUUUUGUUAGAUUGACCCUAAUCGUACACUGCUUGAACAAUGUAAUGAUCUGCCUUAUGACCCCGAUUUCGAGUUUCCUGAGGACAAGCUCAUUCUUGGGGAGGUGCUAGGAUCAGGGGCCUUCGGAAAAGUUAUUAAAGCAGAGGCUAUAGGAAUAAACAACUUUAGUCCCAGAGACAAAAGUCAAAAGAAAAGUCAGCGGUGGCCUAAAAUGUUUCGUAAACGCAGGGCCGGCCAUGCGUACCACGAUCCCAGAGGCAGUGCGUACACGAAGACAACCGUAGCUGUAAAGACUGUUAAAGGUAAUGUUUCAAGUCAAGAUAUCUCUAUUUCAACUUGUGUAACAUUUACCAUGAAGCAAGGAUAGCUGGUACUUGUCGGGGGUUGGUGGAGGGAGACAAAAACGGAAUUUGGUUUAGAGUAGCAGCUGAUAAUAUGCAGGGGAGGGGACGAGUUACCAGGUUACCUGCGCGGUAAUGAUUUGGGAGACGGGGUAGGGUUGAUUUGGGAAUCUAGAUCUGUGACUACCAGUGGAAAAAACUCCAGCCAUGCCCUUGGAUUCAGCAUGGAAGAGAUGGGCAAUUCGCAAGGGGCCUCUCUCAUGCAUGAGUACCGUUCGUGCUCAUUCCUAUUGCUGAGGAUUGUGCCUAGUUAAACUGAACCUUGCUUGUGACAUGGUCACGUGGACUCCACUACACCCUGUGGAAACUGCACUUUUUUUUACUGACCGAGUACGAUAUUUUGGCAAUUCAGGGGGAGCUACUGAAGAGGAAAUAAGAGACCUAGCAUCAGAGCUGAAAAUUCUAAUUUACGUUGGAGAACAUAAAAACAUUGUAAACCUCCUUGGUGCUUGUAUCAAGCGCGAUCGUAUCCUUGUCAUUCUUGAAUAUGCACCACAUGGGAGUUUACAAGAGUUCUUGCUAGGCAAGCGAGAUGUUUAUGAAGCGACCUGGUCUACGACUUCGAGUGACCCAGAGAUACGAUUGAAUAUAUCAAAUCUUGUGGGCUACGCCUACCAAAUAUCCCGUGGAAUGGAAUACCUGGCGUCUAAAAAGGUAAUGCUCCCCCAUUUAAGGAUUCCCACAUUUCUGAAGAGAAUUCAGUUCUAACAAGCUUGUAUGUUUUGUUUUCCUAUUUCACACCACGUGAUUUUCUCAGGGGAAUUUGCGUUUUGUCUUUACAUAAAAUAUGCAUCCAUAUCCUCGUGGAUGUAGGUGCAAAAGGCAACAUUUGAAAGGAACGGUUCUUUAGGGUACCAUCACGUGAUCUGAAAUGGGAAAACAAAAUAUACAUAUAUAUAUAAAUAUAAGCUAAAAAGGUCUAUUCUAUAGCACUUGCUUAUUUUCUCCUUUUGGCUUCAAGGAGUUUUUUCAUAAUUUAUAUCGUUCAUUCGACUCUAAAUCUGUUCCUAUUUGUUUGUUUUUCGCGUUUUACAGUGUGAGUACUUGAACCGGGCCACUUGAAAGAUUAUUAUCCAAUCAAAUCGUCUUUUACGGACCAAUAAAAUUCAGUGUUCAACUAUGAAACUGUUGAAAACUUUAAAAGCGUUUGAACUUAUCUGACCCCUCAGGAAUUAGCCCUCAAAUUUAUGAGAAUCUUUUGUUUUCAAAAACCGCCAUUAUGAUUUUUAAAAUAGCAAAAGUCUUUAUUAAUAUAUGACCAAUUUACAUUCCACUAUCAUAGACUAAAAUUUUGAUGAAAUUAAAGUAUUAAAAGAUUAUAAAACACUAAUUUACAAGCUCACGCCAUUAUCGACUGUCGAAAAUUAUUAUUAUCAUUAUUAUUAUUAUUUCCUUCUUGUUUCUGAUUUCUUGAUUUUGCAUUUCUUUUUUCAAAACAUAUCUGUUUUAUAUAGUGUGUUCACCGAGACUUGGCGACCAGAAACAUUCUUGUUGGAGACGACUACGUCAUGAAGAUCGCUGACUUUGGCCUCGCUCGAGAUAUUUACAAGAGUGAAUUAUAUGUGCAGACGAAUAGUGGUGUUUUGCCAAUGAAGUGGAUGGCGAUAGAAUCAUUGUUUUUGAGGGAGUACUCAGAGAAAAGUGAUGUGUAAGUACAAAGAACAUAAAAAAAAUGUAUGAAGGGAGAAUAUGAAAAUAUGCGGGGAUCGUACUCAAGGAUGACAACUACACAAUUAGUGCGUAAUUAAGCGUUCAAAUUAAAAAAAAGAAGCUGGCCUUUUGAUUACUGUAAUUAAGUUAAACUUGCCAUAACAUAGUUUAGUAGGGGCUCUCCGAUUGGCCGAGAAGUGUGUUUGCAUGCGGGUGACACAGAUAAACGCAACCACGCAGCCAUGUUUUGAAAAACUCAACAAGUUUACUUUAUUAAACAAUAACUUAGAGGCAUGGAACUUGAAAAAUCUUUACAAACGUGCUAUAUCAAAGUUUUUACGCUCAAGACUACAUUUUAAACGAGAACAGUCCGUCCUUUAAAAUAUCACCUUUUUUAACAAACAAAGAAGCCUUGACUGUGCUCUUUUCUGUUGUAAAGCACACAGGACUGGCAGCGGCUAGAACACGAAAGGAGUGUAGGGGGAAACACGAGAUGUAGUCGAGUGUUUCUGUCUACUUCUUGAGUAGUUCAACAAAAUAGAGCUCAGUCAAGACUGCUUUAUUUGUUUUAUGAAUAUAAAGAAUCCGUUACAUUCCCCACGCAUUCCUUUGUAAUUUUCAAAACAAUCUUUGUUAUUAUUUUUUUAAAGCAAAAGAGUGUCGUCAGCAUGUUUCAUACUCUCAUAAAGCACGGUUUUUCAACAAAUCAGAACGCGCGUUAUAUCUGAACUUCAUUAUAAAUUCAAAACAAAAACGUACUGAUUACACGCACAAAACGUCGUGUAGAUACAACACUUCGUGACUAGUAAGAAGUGCUCGUUUCAUCAGCGCCAUAAACAAAGAGCUAGGUAGCAACUUUUUCUCGGGAAAGUUGCCGCUAUAAAAGCACCUUAACAGAAAACUGUUUUUCUGUGGUUUGCAAUUUGUACGAAUUCUCUUAAAUUCUGCCAGCCAACACCCGAAUCUCGUGUUUAUAUCAGGACAUGUAAACACAGCAGAUAACGUUUUCCAUUUUUUAUAAAUAGUACUCGAAAGAAAAAGAAUACUACUGAUAACGAUUCUUGAAUGUAGCGCUUCAUAUGCAAGCCAUGUAAGUUUUGAUUCCAAUAAUUCCAUUGUAGUGGAGUUAAUAGCAGUUUACCAUCUGUUUCCUCGAGUCCAUAUUUUAGCUUAAGCAGCUUACAGAGCUUUAUUGACGCCCUUUUGGUUUGGAAUGACCCUGGCUGUGAUGACCCUUCGAGUGUGUAUGUUUUUAACCUAGACAUUUAAUAAUGCAGAUGGUCGUUUGGUAUUUGCUUGUGGGAGAUCUUUACACUGGGCGGCACACCGUAUCCCACUAUACCCGUAAGAGAGCUCCUAGACUUUCUUAAUGAUGGAAACCGUAUGGAAAAUCCCCGAGACUGCCCUUCGGAGAUCUACAAAAUUAUGCAAGAUUGCUGGCAGGAAGGACCCGACAAGCGACCUAAAUUUGAUCAAAUCAGCCAGUCGAUUGGUACAAUACUUGAGCAACGCGCUUCCCAGGUGAGGCCUUUUUUCUACUAUUUUUGA